GUGUCGAAAUGCGGGUACCUUUUCGUGGCACCCGACUGGGACUUCUCCAUCCCCCUCAACCGCACCAAGCGAUGGCAGCGGCGGUGGUUUGUCCUCUACGACGAUGGGGAACUCACCUAUUCCGUUGACGACCACCCGGCAACCAUCCCUCAAGGUGUAGUAGACAUGAACCGGGUGCUGGAAGUCUCCCAGGCAGAGGACGUUACUGGCAACCAGUUCAGUCUUGCAAUCACAGCACCCGACAGAGUAACUUUCAUCAAGGGUACCUGUCGCGAGGAGUCCAGGUGGUGGAUGGAUGUCCUCUCAGUUUUCCCGAGAUCGCAAAAGCAACAAGGCCGGCACAAACGCAAUGCAACGUUCCCGGGAAUCAAGACAACUACAGUCUUAAAACAGAACAUGGUGUCUCAUUCUCCAUCACCUUCACUCGCCCCCACCACCUUUGAGACGCCAAUAGGACAACGGGUCAGGUUCCACAGCUGCACCACAGAUCCCCUGGGGGGCCGCCCCCCCUCUGCCCCUGCACUAGACAUGGAGGAGGACGUCUUCCCUACCAAGGACUCCUCUGCUUCUGGCACCCACAUCCCCUCUUCUUCCACUAGCCAGGCCCCCACCCCCACACCCCUGUAUCACUCCACCCCUCUGUCCUCCCUCCCUCCCCCUACCAGGAUCCUGAGGGACGAGCACAAGGAGAACACACCUCCAUAUGCUGAAGACUACACAGACAACCCACCCACCUCAGAGUCUCCACCUACACAGGACAAGUUGAGUCACAAGUUCCGCACGCGGCGUGCAAUAAAGCGGGAAGUCCGAGGUCUCACACAGCCUAGGAGUAAGUCAGAAGUCACAGCAAUGUUUCCUGCUAACCUGCCGUCGUCAGUGUCUCCCCUGAGGCAUGGGUCCACAGCCACCACUGGACACACCACAACCUCCCUCUACUCUUCUACUGGCAGCAUUGCCACUUCUGCUUACUCUACCCCAGAGGGCUCUCACUCCACACUCUCUCCUGCUCAUUCAGCUGUUGUCGAUGCUAUUUCUGCCCCUGAGCCUCGCACUGUCCGAAGGGCCACUAUCACCCUCACCUCCUCUCUUUCCUCCUUGAAUUCCCUCACUUCCUCCUCUUCAUCAUCCUCAUCCUCUUCCUCCUCCUCAGCUGGCUCCUCAGUAGGAGUCAGUUCAUCCCUAUCUUCUUCUCUGGGCGGUAUUGGGAGCAGUGGUGGGGACGGUGGUGGUGGUGUGGGAACCCCAUCAUUUCGGAGCCUUGAUUCAGGCGUGCAUGUUCCUACUAGACCCCACGCUCGCACGGCGCCCGACAAGCCAGGUGAAGUUACAAGACAACUUCUACUCUCAGACCUAGAAGAAUCAAAGCGUGAAGAAAAAUUGAAAGACAUUGCUGACUCAAUAACACGGUUGAGAGGGAGUUCCUCGUUGUCGUACCUAAGCAGCAAGUCUGGUCUGGGUGAUGUGAAGCCGACGCGUGAAAGAGAUGCUCAAGAUGAGACAGAUGCUGCUCCUGAGGUCUCCAAGACAUCAUCAGAAGAAACAGCUGAGCCCUCGCAUCCAGACCAUCAGGUACGAGGUGACCCAGAUGGGUGUGGUCUCGAAGUAUCUCCUCCCUACACUGUCAAUCCAGACCUGCAACGGGUUGACCUUCCUGCAGAGGACCUGCUUUAUAUAAAAAAGGGCUGGCUCAUGAAGCAGUCACUAAACCAUGACUGGAUUAAGUAUUGGUUUGUCCUACGAGGAACGGGCCUCAUGUUCUACCGAGACCCCACAGCAGAGGACAACGGCAUCUUAGAUGGCAUUAUUGACCUCAGUGUUGCUAAGUCCAUUGAAGAGUGUGAUGUUGCCAGAAAUUAUGGCUUCAUGAUAUUGACUUGGGAGGAGAAGAAGUAUGUCUUCUCAGCUGUAACAUCAGGCAUCAGAGGGAACUGGGUCCAAGCUUUAAGAAAUGCUGCCAACCUCAAGGAAUCCAAGGAUCGACCGCUGACCCUCGGAGAACAGAUUGAAAGGGAGAUUGUAGCCAAAAGGGACAGGCAUAAUUCGCAGAGUUCGACUUUUGAGAGCAUGGCAGCGGAACGCGACCAAGGAAACGAUAUUCACAACGACUCCAUAUCCUCCGCCAACAGUCGCUAUGUGUUUUCAUCAGAUGAUGAGUAUAGGACUGCAUCGGAAACAUCAGGUGGGAUUCGUAUCCAGAGCAAGGAGGAUAACUUUAAGUGCGAACGAGCCCGAUCACGCUCCAACUCAAGAACAAGAUCAAGCAAGAGAUCAAGGUCCUCCCCACCAACAUCCCGCAGAAACACACGUGAUGACUUCCCAAGCAUUAGCAAAGAUGAAGUUCUAACGUCCUGCUACUCAGAAUCGGGAUCUCUCCACUCCAUCUCAGAUCUUGAUGCACAGCACAGGCCAGAAAAGGACAGCAGUGCCACAACCCUUACUGGUUCAGGUGAUGCUCUCUUGGUGGAUCUUUUGGAAACGCAGGUGGAGAGCCUUAAGGCCAAGCUAGAACAGACUCAGGCUGACUACCUGGAGCUCCACAAAGAGAACUCUGGCCUGAAGACCCGUCUGCGGAACGGUGGAAGAGCUUCCCCGUCCAACACGGCCACUGGGGCCCACCACCACCACCUCCACCAUCACCACUCAGAGCUAGACUUGUUCCACCAGUCCCCCCCCAUUAGAUCGAGAGCCAAGCUCGAGCUAAGUUUGGCUGACUCUCGCAACACCAUAGCCUCCCUCACGGCCGACCUCACACGACUCCGCAAAAAAUUGGAGGUAUGCGAAGGUGACUUGGACAGGUCCGAGCGUGAGGUUGAUAAGCUGAGGCGAGACAAGGAAGAGAUGAGCUCAGAUGCCCAGAGCCUGCGGCAUAGGGUGGCCAGUCUGGAGAACCAGGUCAAGGAGUUGCUUGAUCGGGUCGAGGAGCAAGAGCAUGACCUCUCAGAGAAAGCAUCUUGUGCCAACCAACUGAACGAGCUACGGAAAAAGUACUCAGAGUUGCAGGAGCAGCUGUCGUGCCAGUCCGGGGUAGUAGACUGGAAACACCGUUAUGAUCUCUUGGAGAAAAAACUCCUGAGAGAGCGUGAGGAGUGGCAACUAAAGUACAAAGAGGUGACUUCUGCUCAAGCCAGUCGCCAUGAUGAGUCUGUCCGCACACUUACCAGGUCACUCCAAGAGGCAGAGAACCGUAUUCAGGGCCUGGUAACAGAGCUGGAAUGCGAGAGAGCAAGUGGUGCCAACGCCCCCACGAGGAUACCUGGGGCAAUGGAGAUGGCCGGCCUCAAGAGGCAAAACCAGGAGCUUACAACCCAGAUCGAGCACCUAACAAAUGAGUUGGCUCGGAUGCGAGAAAACCUGAAGUCUGAGAAGUCAGAAGUCUAUAAGUGGAAGGACCUUGUAAAGGAACUUCGAUCUCUCUUGGAUGGCAAAAAUGAUGAAAUUGAACGAAAGAGAGAUGAGGUUGAUACCCUGCGUGACUCCCUCAAGGAAACGCAGAAGGAGCUGGACCAUACAGCAGACCGCUUGCACAGAGGGAUUGAGGAGAAUGAAGCUCUUUGUGGCAGAAUCCGUGAAUUAGAGAGAGAUUUGCAAGAUCAGGCUAGGAGAGCAUCUUCGAGUCUCUCCAUAUCUAGCAGUCGUGAGAGAUUUUCUUCAAGGAAGAACCUUCCACGUAUUGAGUCCAUCACUGACCUCACAAACUUUGACCUUACUCAAGAUCCAGAGGAACUUGAUAAGGAGCAGUUAGUAGAUCAGUUCACUGAACUUCAGCUUCGGUUUGAGAAGGCUGUGAAUGAGAUCAAGGCACUGAAGAAGGAGAUUCGUGAUAUUCAGAACCAGCAUGAUGACAUCGAGCUGUCAAAUCUGAAGCUGCGUCAGGACCUGAAGGGAAGUGAAGGCGACUUCAAUUCUCAGCUGAAUCUCAUGACUUGCAGGAUACAAGAUCUGACUAACAAGCUGACUGCCUCUGAGAAGCAGGUUCGCCUUCUGAAGCAGAAGAUCAGCCGAGCAGAGAGCCGUGACCGCAGACGGACCCAGAGCUUGAAGGGCCGUGAGUCUUUCACUCUCUCAAAGGAUAUGGAGCUGAAGUUGUCUCAGUUGGAAUCAAAGAUUGAGCAGCUACUUCAGAAUGAGGAAGGCAGCUGUUCUCCAGAGGUGGAAGGAGAAGUGAAGGAGGGAAAGGGUGAGAUGAAAGAUACCAAAGUACCAAAGAGAUCAAAGAGUUUUGAUGAUUCCACCAAGUCGUCACGUCUGCGUAGAAAAUCUCUGGACAGUCCUGGGAGUUCAGAGGCCAUGAAAGCCAUUGUGCGCCUCAAUGCUCUGGAGUCAAAGGUUUCCAACAUCAUGGGAGAGGCCAUCCCAACGCCUUCACACACUCCAAAGAAGGAGCCACGACCUAGGUCUCCCACACACCCAGUUUCACCACUGAGAUCUCCCAUGCGAUCACCUUCAGUUCCUCGCAAGACACUGCGGUCACCUAGAGCCACUCCAGAGAAGACUGUUAAAAUAAGUCGAUCUGAUUCAGAGACCAAAUCACUGCGGGAAAAGUUAGCAGCUUUAGAGAAAGUCCUGUCUACUCUGCAGCUGCAACUUGGAGAGUGUGUGGCUUGGGCAGGGUCAGUGGAGUGUAUAUGUUCCUGCGGGGCCCCAGGAAUCUCAUCUCUCCUGCAGAGAUUGAAUACUGCUGUUCGGUUGACUCAGCUCCGCCAUUCCCCACCUGAUCAGGCUCAGACUGAUCGGUUGCGUCCGUUGGUGUUACGUUUACAAGAUAUGCUCAGGGACAAGUUGACGGAUCUUAAUAAUCGUCGAGACCAUCUGAAGGCAACGGGAAAGUGGACCCGAGACAUGCAGUUGAAACUGUUUGCAGAGCGACUUGCCUAUGAAACUCUGGUAAUGACACAGGUUUCACAGGUGGUGCAGGCAGCCCAGAGGCCCCAUAUGUAUGAAGCAUCAGUCAAGUUGCAGGAGCUGAUUGAGGCUCACCGCAAGUUAUCAUUCCUGGAGAAGAAACUCACCAAUCCUGAUUUUGACAUGGAGACAAUGGCACCACUUGACUUCUACACGAGCCUGCUGGCAGAAAAGCUUGUUGUGCAGGGUGAGAUUGCAAUGAGUGUUGGACCCCAACCUGGAGGAGGUAGAGGGACUAACACAACUCCACCUGCCAUCCUGGGGGAGACAUGCCGUGAUCUACAGAGUCGGCUCCUGGAACGUGAGAGGUCGUUAGCGAAUUUGGUAACGCAGUACAAAGAGGGCAAGCUUCAUGAAGUUGCUGUGGUGAUGGCCAGGGAGACUGUAACUGGAUCAGGACCUCCUCACGAUGAUUCUGUGUUACUGGAAGAGGUGCGGAUGCGAGAGGUUUGGUCGAUGGCACAGGAGUUGGUUAACCAGGAAUUGGUUAACAUUGAGGCAGCACAUUCCCUCAUGAGGCUCAGUCACCUUAUCUCGCCUUCAGAGACAUCACCUGAAGCUGUAACGCAGGUCACGGCUGCCACACUUGAGCGCUGCCACACAGCUGCUGAUGAGUCUCUGCGGCAGGAGAUGGAAGAGGCUGUUUUCACUCUUAGUAACAAGUAUGAGGCAGUGCUGGCACAGUAUAGAGCAGGUGACACUGCAGUUAUCAAUUCAGUAACAGCUACCAUGGAAAUGGUACUGUCAGAGUUUGCUGCAGUUGUUGCACAAAAGGCAGUUAUUGACGGUCAGUUAGCAGUGGUGCAGAGUGAAGGAGAUACAACAACAUCCACUUGUGAACAUCUCAACAUAGUGGAGGAAAACAGAGACAUGAUAGGUUCUGCUAGUGACGUUGUAGCCAGUGAGGCUCACCUCCUUAUGUUCCUGGGUGGUUGUGAUUCCUCCCUAGAGAGUCUGGUGCAGCCUGCUCUUGAUCAGGCAGAAUUUGCCUUCCUGUUUAACAAAAUGUCAGCUCAGGGGAACUCUGAACUGACCAAGCUUGUCCUCCAAGCAGCCAGUCAGGUCAGGCCAGAAGCCAGCCCAUCUUCCCUUAAGUCACAGCCCACAGACUUAGGGAAGGAAGGCGAUAAUGAGUUAAGUCCUAGUCUUUCUCAGUCGUCAUCACCCACCAAGAUGCCACCUUCCCCCAAGGCCAAGAGAAAGAGUGAGACAUCACGAAGGUCACGCAGAGCUUCAGACAUCACUGGUAUGGCAGAUGGAUGCCGCCAGUGUGAAGAACUUCGGCAAGAGGUUGCUAAGCUCAAGAAGAACUUGGAUUCUAAGCGUGUGAAGGAGCGAGAGGCAGAAUGCAAACAGUGCAUUGAGUAUCUCAACACUCUCAAGGCUCUUGAAAAAGACCACAAAAUAGCAAUGUCAGCUCUCCAGUCCCAGCACGAGGAAGAACUGUCAAGGCUGCGGGAACAGUCAAGGCAUGAACCUCCAACACGGGACAGUGAUGAUGAAUUAACUGAACUCAAACGACGUCUGUGCCUGCUGGAGGAGGGCUAUGAGGCCCAGAUCUCUGCUCUCAAGCAACAAUAUGAAGAGUCCAUUGGAAGUCAGCCAGACAUGUGUGAGGAGAAAGUCAGGCAGAGAUACCAGGUGGAAAUAGAGCAUCUCAGGGGUCUGUGUGAGAAAGGUCUGGGUGCUAUGGAGAACUCUCACAAGCGCAUGUUAGCGGAAUUGGAGGAGAAGCACAGGAGGGAACUGGCAGCAUUACAGGCAGAAAAGGAACAAGCACUGGCUGAAGAGACACAGGCUACCCUGGCUGCCCUGGAUGCUAUGAGGAAAGCACAUGAGGCUGAGGUGCAGAGAGAGAUAGCCAAGUUCAAGGAGGAGUUCAUUAGGAAGAUGCAGUCAGGACACGACAUUGGUGCCAUUCACAAGGAGCAUGAAGCUGAGAUGGAAGAUAUUCGACAUGAAAUCCUGUCUCUCUCGCAGAAGUACUCUAUUAAAUGCCUGGAGUCAGCUGCCCUGGAAGAGAAGGUGGACUCACUGAGCAAGCAACUUUCUGAUACCAGUAAGCAGGUGCUAGAGUUGGAGGCAAGGAACAAGCAGCUAAAAGUCCACCUAACUACACAGGUGUCACAGCUGCAAGCAAAGGAUGACUGUGGUCGUGACCUGAGCACACAACUGCGAUUGCGGGAAAGUGAGUUAGCCUUAUGCAAUGAGGAGAUUGCACGGCUGACUCAACAACUGCAACAGGCACAUUCACACGAGGCCGACCUGGGAGAGCUAUGCCGGCAGCUGGGCCACUUCCUCAAGGCCGAACGACAGUUGAGGACAGAUGAAGUAACAGCUCUUAGGGAAAAACUAGAGCAUAUCAUCCUCACAGCCGCCAACAUGCAAGAGCAGCGCAGUGACACCAAUACAGGGAACGACACAGACACAAAGUCUCCAUUGCGAAGAGGGGCGAGUUUGAGCUCGGCACGGGGGAAAGAGUUGAUGCGUUCUCCGAGUUGCCCUCGUUUGUCUGGCUUCUCGUCUUUUUUAGCGGUUGGCCCCUCUCUGGGGGGAACGGGGCCACCAGCACAGACCAUGGCAGACCUUCCCUCCCCCCUAGCAGGGAUGGUUGCUUCUCGGAAGAAGGUGUUCGAGACAUCCAAGGCUUUCACGGAAAACAUAUAGAGGGAGAGACUGCUGCUGGUGUAAAUAAUGAUGGAGAGCACAGCAUUGCGUUAGAGUCAGUCAUGGAGGAAGAACAUGAAGAAAAUGCUGAAGGAGAUUGUAAAUUUAAACUUGAGGAUGAUGAUGUAGUUUGCCAAGAAGUGCAGAAGGCUGGAGUAGUACAAAAGAUGGUUCGAAAAUUCAGUCAUCGUGGA